AUGCAAUUGAAAAAAUAGAGCAUAUAAGUGAAUUAACUUGAGUUUUUCAUAUAAUUGAGUUACUCAAAACACAAAAUGUGGCUUCGAAAGCUUGAAUACUUGGAUGAGAAAUGGCUAAAAUGUAAUUUGAAUGCGGCCUUAAAAGAUCAAUAUUUUACUAGAUCAGCCAUUUUUAAUACCUUGAUACAAGAUUCGGAAUUGUCAGAUUCAAAAUACAAUUCCAUAAUUAAUUCAACUGGACGACAUUCAUAUUUGAGGCCAGAUGGAAAAUAUUAUUGUGGUGCAAAGGUCCUUAAUUGUUCUUGCUGUGAGGGUAUUUGUGGACCAUCCUCAUCCUGUGUAUGCGAAUCAUGUCAAUUAGUUCCAGCAACUUUGGAAAUGCCAGAUGAUUUUCAAAAUCAUCAAGAGAAAGCAAAUGAUUUCAUAUUUAGUAGUGAAUCCUGUUUUGAAUCAUGGAUGUGGGGCCCUAUUCCUGAUGAUAACCAACUGAACACAUGCAUCAAAAAGCUUUUAGCAGAGCAAAGAAAGAUAUGUUUGCAAGCUAGUGAAAAUAGUCUUUCAAGCUUUUCAUUAAAAAUGAUUCUUAAAAUUUAUGAAAGAUAUUUUACUGCACUAUCCAGAAGUAAAAGUACGAAGAACACAACACAAAACAGAGAGAGCAUGCUUAUUGACGAAAAGAAUAUUAAUUAUGAAAAUGAAACCAAAGAAGUAACCCUAACCAAAAGCGAAAAAGUUAAGCAUGAGCUUGCUAAAAUAGGAACACGUACUGCACUCAACUUCUUCUUUGCAAGUUUAAAACGUGCUUGGAAAUGUGGCGACACUGAUUUAUGCAGUGAACUAUUAAGUGAUUCUCUUGAAGCAAUACAAACAUCAUUAGAACCUGGUGGAUUGUUUGACACAACAGGUUUAUCAUCAUUAUGGAUGGAAGCCAUAGAAAAGUCAAUAAAAUUUCUUCGUCAAAUUGUAUUGAAUGAGAUAAGUAACGAAAACGAGACUGCAGUAGCACAAAUUCCUAGAGCUGAUAGAAAUAUAUCGUUGAAUCUAUUGCUUGAACUUGAAAUGCAAAAAGGAACUCUUGCUGGAUCACUUGAAGGAGUUCUUUUAUUGCUUUCUUUAGCGGAGCUAAAUGUGAACAAUAACGAUAAUAGGCAGCUACCAUUGCCUUCAAAUGGAAUACCAUUGAUUAACAUCUUGCGACGUUAUGGCGACAUUAACAAAGAAUCCUCAUAUUUAUCAUCUUCGGAUCAUCAUUCAUUUAGCCCUACUGAAUCAUUUCUCCGAUUUUUAUCACUUCCCGAGGGUGAUCAAACCAUUGAUGACUCGCUUAUGGAUCCUCUCCAAGCUGCUGUAAUUAUAAUGAGUCAUCUGGACCGACUCUGUCGUUUUCAUUUACCAAGUAAAAUGUGGACAUCUCGAAUUCAGAAUUAUAGAAAUCAACAGAUUAUUUCACUUGGAUACAAUGGGCUUUCCCCAGAGUUUAAUGCAUUUUCCUCUGAGUCAGAAGACAAAUGGAUGUAUGACUAUACUAGAAAUUCAAAUUAUUCAGCACCAACCAUUGAUUUCGGAGCAAAUAUAAUUGUCGAUCAAAUUGCAUGCUCAGAGAAUACCAUUUUACUUUUAAGUACUGCUGGAGAAGUCUUUGAGGUCAAAUUGCAUUCUGACCAAACUAAAGCAAUCAAAUUGGAUGGAUUUGAUUCAACUGUAUCUAAAAUUUACUCAAACUGUGAAGGAAGACAUUUUAUUGCCAUCACACUUAAUAUGGAAGUAUAUUCAUGGGGGUUGGAAGAAUACGGAAGGCUAGGAUUGGGUGAUGAAAAUUCAACAGUGUUAAAACCGACUAAAAUAACAGCACUAAAUGAUAAACAAGCAAUUGGAGCUUCUUGUGGAACAACAUACAGUGCUGUUUAUACAACUAAUGGAGAAUUAUAUACUUUUGGCCAAGGUUUGUAUGGAAAACUAGGGCAUGGAAAUUCUGAUGAUAAAAACAUUCCAACAUUAGUCAACGCAUUAAAAUCCCAUAAAAUUGUUGACGUUGCUUGUGGAGAUACUCAUACUCUUUGUGUAACAGAUCAAGGAAAAGUUUUUAGCAUGGGUGAUUCUGAUUUUGGCAAGCUUGGCAUAGGAGCAACAAAUGGCUCACAAGUUCCAAUACUGGUCGAAAGUUUAAAUAACAUUAAAAAUGUUUAUUGUGGAUCACAUUUUAGUAUGGCUGUUUCAUGUGACGGAAUGACGAUUUAUACAUUUGGAAAAGGUGGUCGAUUAGGACAUGAAAAUGUUUUGGAAGAUCUUUACCUUCCUAAAAAGGUAGAAGGCUUAAAUGGAAAGAAAAUAGAAAGAGUUUCAGUUGGUUCUGCUCAUUGUCUUUUAUUGAUGGAAAAUGGAGAACUUUAUGGCUUUGGAAAGAACGACUUUGCUCAGAUUUGCCCUCCAUGCAUCACAAAAGACCUAAUAAUCGCAAAACCUAUUUUAACUACCCCACCAUUCCUCAAGAUAAGUGGAAUUUCAUGUGGAUCAACGCAAAGCAUCAUAUGGUCUCAUUCAGCAAUGAUUUGCAUUCCUCCGAGAAUUCCGUUUGUCGUUGAUUUGACAGAGCAAACAUUCCGAUUAUUGGAUCAAUUGCUGUCUUGUGUUUGUAGCAAUAUUUCAUCAACUACCACAACUGCUUCAAAUGAAUCUGGACAUCCGCCAAACCAAGAAGCUGAAUGCAUUGCAGUUGCCUCACUAAAUUUAAUGUGCUUACAGUUUCAUGCCAUGAUUUGUAACAAUAUUUCACCUAAGAAAGUAGGACUCACAGGAAUCAGAUUAAAGAAUAUAAAAUCAAGAAUUUUAGAACUUUCUGGUGGAAAUUCAAUUCUCAAAACAAUUCAAGAGGCAGCUCAAAGUGCUCUUCAAGUUGGAUGGUCAAUUCUCUUACCAACGCCUUCUGAAAGAGCUCAAACGUUAACUUCAUUACUCCCAGAUCCAUCCAAAGCGUCAGCGCAUAGAUUCAUGACAGAUUUAUUGGUUGGAUCAAUCAUGGCUGAAGGUGGCUUAGAGAUAGCUCUCAAUCAAGUCAUCAACUCUGAGAGUCAAGAUUGUGAACAAUUACCACUCCUUGAUUUGUUAAAGCAAUUGCUCCACAAUAAUUCUACUUUAACACAGUCUAGAUUAAAUCAAUUACUGAUUGAGAACUUAACCAAAACUAAUGAUGAACUGAUUAUUAAUGAUACUUCAUCACCAAGCAUCGAUUUGCUACAUAAAUUUCAACGACUUCUCCUUUCUCAUAUCUGUGCAGCAAAACCCAUAAACGACUUGUCAGGUGCUGAAUCAUUGCUCGAGUCAUACAUAAUAUUAAUGUCUUCGCUUUGUGUUUCAACACUAAAGAAGGCACAGGAGGUUAUUGUUCAAGAAAGAGAGAAUGUUGCUCUCAUCUUACAAUGUGACAUUUCUGACUCCUUAUUGUAUGAACUACUCUUGGGAUUAAUUCUCAUUCAGAAAGAGAGACCAUCAUUCCUUAGUUCAUUUAAAUGGAUGGAAAAUAUGCUCCCAUUACUAAUUGCACUUGAUGACAUUAAUCGUCUUUUGUAUGACACAGAUGUAAAGAAUUCUGAUCAUAUGGGAUGGCCUGGUAUUAUUUCUACAACACGUGAUAAUGAUGUUGAUAGAAUGACUGCAACAUCUGAAGCACAAUUAAUUAGGAAAUGUGAUUUUGAAAAUAGUAUGAUUGAUGGAUGUAAAUAUAUAAUUGUCAAUGGAUGUGUUUAUGACGUAAAAGAUUUUGUAUGUGAAAAUGCUGAAUCUCAAAAUUUGAUUGAGACGAAUAUUGGAAAAGACUUAUCGAAUGAACUAAGUGCUUUAGAGCAUCAGAAGACUUUGGAAGAUAUUGUUGGCAAUAACAGUAUCUUAGUAGGAAAAUAUGAAUGUGAACAAUCCUCGAGAUAUAAAGAUGUUGAUCAAAGUUAUGAGAAACUUUGUUACUUUGAGUCUGAGAAAACAUUAGCAUGGAUAUUAGGCAUGAGGUCUAAUAUUCUACAGAAAUCAACGUUUCUUCAACCGGCUGAAAUGACAUGCAAAAAAAUGCUUAAUUCAAUAAUAUUGAGAGGUGGACUGCAAACGAAUAUUGCUAAUCCAUUUGAUGAGGAAAAAUUUGAAGCAAGAAGUAGUGGAUCUACAGCUGGCAGCACACCAACCACAGAUGUUGUAAACUUACUUGGAGAACUACCACCAAUUGCUCAAUGUCCACCACUUCAAUACAGAAUUCAGUCAUUGAUCUAUGGCUUAGCAGAAAGUAAAACUACUGACUCAAAUGUCAGUGCUUGGAUCAGUCUUUCUGAAAGAUAUUGUAAAGAAAAUAAUUUAAUCUGGCAUCAAGAAUAUUCUACUGAUCAUCCUAUAAUUGAUGUUGAAAGAUUACUUACUGCUGUUCUCAUUCGUCACCAGAGCUUAGGAACUUUAGUAUUGGCUGUAAUUGAUAGAGACAUGACUGGAACUGCUGGUAAAGUGCCACAACCAAUUAUAGACAUCAUCAAAAUUGUUCACAUGAUGAAAUGGAACUUGAUAAAAAUUCGACAGCAGUUAAAUCGAAGUUAUAAAGAAGUUUGCACACCAAUUUUAGAAAAGUGUCGUUUCUUACUUUAUGAAGUAAGACCAUCAAUAAGUCCAGAACAGUCUGGAUUGAAAAAGCUGUUUCAUCACUAUAAAGAACCGAGAUUCAAGACUAUUGUUAAGCAAAUAAUUGUGGACAGCAAAAUUUCUAGAGAAGAUGGAGAGCUGGAAACUUCUAAAAUAGAAGAUUUACUGAAUGCAUCAAUCCAAAGCCACCAUAACUCAUACUCAAAAGUCGCUCAGUUUGUAAGUGAACAUUUUGAAAGACAUUUAUCAAAUGAAAGUCUCCAUAAAGUUGGAAGUAGCGAAGCAAUGAACUUUGAAAUGAUUCCGUCGAAAACUCCGUCUAAUGAAAAUUUGUUAGCUGUUGAUACACCAAUCGAGGAAUCAUCUCCAUUAAUUAUGUCAAAUGCUGAUGAGGGAAUGCUUAAUAUUGAUGGAAAACCAUUAAACACUGACGAGUUCGUUAAUAAUGUCAUACUUAAAUUGAGCGAACGCCACAACCAAAAUGAAGAUUUAAAGUUUAAGUCAUCGGUUAAUAGUCAAAUUGUUGAUUUUGUUAUGCAAGAAAAUUUGGAUGUAGAAACAUUAAGACGCGCAAUGUUUUGUCAAAUUCAAAGGUAUCAAACAAGAAAAGAAGGAUUAAAAAUGUUUCACGAACUUUUAUCAAUUAACAAUUUAUUGGAUGCAGCAAAAUACAAUAUUUACAAUGGAUUUUUGAACUCAGCAUACGCCGAAGAGAACACUGAAUCAAGUGAUCAACAAUACGAUCACAUUCUCGAAAAUUUAAAUCUCAUAACAGCUUAUCAAAAAGCUGAUGUUCUUAUUGCUCAUUCACAAAUAUUGGAAUGGACAAUAAAAGAAUUUCAAAAGUAUGUCAAUCAAGAACAAAUCAUUGGUAAACAAAAAUGGCCUCAUGGCGAUAAAGAUCAAACAAAUCUCGGAACUUAUGUUUUCCUUAAAAAAGUAUCACGUGCCAGAUUUUUGUUGAUGAUUUUUGGAUUGCUAGCCAAGAAUUAUACAGCAAAUGAAUUGAGUUUGUUGAUCAAUUCUGGUCUUCUCGGAACAAGUUUGGGAAUUCUUCAUCAAACUGGAAAUAAUGAACUGCCACAGAGCAACAAAACUGAUAAAGAACUUAGUGUUGUUUUUGAAGAAAAUAUAAAGUUGAAGCACAACUAUUCAAAAGAUGGAAUGCUUACAGGACCUGAAUUGGUGAAGCUUAUGAAAAUUGGUACUAGAGUUGCAAGAGGUGCUGACUGGAAAUGGGGUGAACAAGAUGGAAAUGGUGAAGGGAGAAUUAUAAGUGAGGUUGGAGAUGAUGGAUGGGUUCGUGUUGAAUGGGAUACUGGAGCAACGAAUUCAUAUCGAAUGGGAAAAGAAGGACAAUUUGAUCUGAGACUUGCAGAUAGUAGCUUUAAAACAAUUUCCCCGGAUAAAGAAAGUUUUAAAGAUAAUGAACUUUUUGAGUCUAAAUUGCAACAAAAUGAUUUUCAUCCAACUAAAUUAUUGAAAAGUGCUUGCAUUAAAUUAUUGCAAAUGGUGUCAACAUCUGUGGGAAUUCAUGGUGAUAAAAUGCAAAAUGAAGCAGUGAGAGUAUUUGUGACUAUGUUUUAUGCAAUAUUGUCACAAAAAGGAAAUUAUUCUCUAAAUAUUGGACUUGAUAUGUGGCGAACCAUUGCAUUUUUAAAAAGUAUUUUGAAAUCCCACUGCAUAUCCAAGCAUAUAACCACAGAACUUUGGUUGAAAUUGUAUUUUGAUAUGCUUCGUUCACCAAUAAUGAAUGAAAAAGAUGUCUUCAAAAAAGUUCAGUGCAUCAAGCUUUUAACUGCAACAUUGGUUCAAUGGAACGAAACCAGCACAGAAAGAACUGAAUACAUAAUUAAUCAAUUAUUCUUCAUGUUAGGAGCUAUUUGUAUGAACUGUCCUUAUGAUCAAUCUCUCACUCAACUUCCAAUUGGAAUUAAAACAAAAGUUCUCGCUAGUGCAUCUCAUUCUGGUACGAUUGCUGAGGAACUAAUUACACUUAUUCGAAAACUUCACACACUACCCAGUUGGAAUGAAACAAUUAAUAAUUUUAUAUCGCAAAAAAUGUGCAUUGCUGCUGAUAUGUUCAUUGACUUAGAACGAGAUUCGAAUGUUUAUGAAGAAAAAGUUAACGUUGCUGCUGCUUUAAAUGUAAUUGGUGGUUUUGAUCCUCGUUUACGUAUUGGUAUUGAUGUUAUUUAUGAUAGUGUUAAGUGCUCAAUAUCUCGAAUGACGCAAAGUGGCACAGUAAUAUUAAAUGUUCAUAACUCUAAUGAGACAAAAAAUAUUUCGUUCUCUAAAGUUGAAAAAGUUAUCGAGCAAGGAAUUUUCAGCUUGUCUAAAUUAUCAUUAAAUGAAAUACUGCUGAAUUCCUGGGCUGUUUUGAUGUACGGCAUGAACUUCGAUACAAAAUUAAUUGAUAAUUUAAAUGCAUUUGAUGUUGGAUUAUUAAGUAAUCAGCAGAUACAGUUAUCAUCACUAAAAGCUACUCAAGUACUGUUUCGUCAUCAAAGUUUAUUGAAAACAAUUUUAAGACAGAGAUCCCCAGGAAUUUUAAAAUAUUCUUCAGAUGACAGCAUGUCAGAUGAUUCAAAGAAUCAAAAAUCUGAUGAAAGUGAUGAUAAAAAGGAACAAGCAAGUCCACAAGAACCUAAACAUGAACUCCUCGUUCAAAGUGUUUUAUCACGCGCCAUUCAAUCAAGUCCAUUGAAAGCAUGUUACUCGCAAACUGAAAUGGAAAUUGCAGCAAUUUCAAUUUGUCAAACGUUAUCUGCACAUUUUAAAAACAACAUUCCUGCAUCACACGUAAAGUUCCAAAAUGUUAAGCAAGCAACAAUGAUUCAUGGAGUUGCACUCUACAAUGAAUCCAUACAUGAGUCAAUUUAUAAUAAUGCUAGUAAUUAUGCAUCAUUUGGUAAUGAAUCUUCACGAGCUAAUCCAUCAACAAAGCUUGUAAUUCAGAUUAUGGAAAUGGGAUUCACACGAAAAACUGUCGAAUUGGCACUUAAACAAAUUACUAAUCGAGUAGAAAUUCUUCCUACACCUGAACAAGUUGUUCAAUGGAUAAUCGAUCAUCCUGAAUCAAUAAUCGAUGAAGAUAGUAAAGGAACACUUAAUAAAAUCAACAGCUUCAAUGUAGCUAGUACUGUUGAUAGCGAUAAUGAUAGUACAUGCUCUGAAAAUUUAAACUCUUCAUCUCUAAGUCAACAAGAUCGACAAACUAAGUUUGCACGUCGAGAUGAUUUUAAAAAUGCUGAUCAAUAUGCCAUAUAUGUAAGGGGACACAUAAUUCCUGGAAUGAUUGUUAGAUGCUGUCGAGAUUUUGAAGAAAUUCGCGCAGGUGAUGUUGGUAUUGUCCUGAAAAUUGAACCAGACGAAUUACAUGACUUGAAUGUCAGAGUUGACUUUAAAAGUCAUGAGAGACCAUUUUGGAUGUGUUUUGUGCAUUUAGAAUUAUUGGAACCCCCAUCUGAAGACUUGAAAUCUCUUAACAUAACGUAUGGCUCUCACGUCAAAAUAAAGCCAACGAGCAGUGUUCCUCGAACACAAACUGUCAAAAAUACUGUUGGAAUUGUCACAUCUGUCAAUGGGCUGGAAGUUAUUGUAGACUUUCCUCAACAAAAAUCAUGGUGUGGUCAAUUGUAUGACCUGGAACUUGUUCAUCCAGCAACCUCCGAAAAUGAACUAUACGAUAUUAUUGAAGACUGGUCGCAAAGCUUGAAAACUCUUACAGUUUCAUCAAAUGAAUCUUUGGCCAAGAAUUUACUUGAAAGAACAUCUUCAUUUUGGCAAAGUGCUAAUACACAAGGUCGUCCGUGGAUAAGACUAGAAAUGAGAGAGAAUAUACUUAUUCAUUCUCUAUCAUUACGUAUAGAUCCAAAUGAUUGCAGUCAUCAGCCAAGCACAAUAAUUGUAAGAGCAGGAGAUAAUAUAUCCAACCUCAAAGACUUUAACUGGGUUACAAUAAGAUCUAAUGAUACUCACGUUGUUAUUUUGUCAAACGUAAGGCAGUAUUUCACAUAUAUUGAAAUUUACAUAAAACAAUGCCGAAACAAUGGAAUUCAAUGUCGCAUUCAUGAUUUAUAUAUGGUUGGAAAAAGACGACAAACAGAUCUUGAUGCAAUGCUUACAAAUGCAGCAUUUUUAGCAACCGAUAAUGACAUGAAUGAACCAACUUAUGCAUCAAGCUCCACCGGUUUUGUAGAAGAAAAAAUGUUGAAGCCACCAUCAAGUCGUGAUGAAGGAUCAUCGAGAGUCUAUGUUUGGGGAUUGAACGAUAAAGAACAAUUGGCUGGUCUGAAAGGAUCUAAAGUUAAAAUACCGAUGUUUUCUGCUAUUUUAUCAGCAUUGAAACCAAUUCAUAUUGCUGGAGGAUCAAAAUCUCUUUUUAUUGUGUCACAAGAUGGAAAGCUUUACUCGUGCGGUGAAGGCACUAAUGGAAGGUUGGGUCUCGGUCACAAUAAUAAUGUUUCAACGCCACAACAAUUGCCAGUUUUGAGUCAAUAUAUUGUUAAGAAAGUUGCAGUUCAUUCUGGUGGUAAGCAUGCAAUGGCAAUAACUCUAGAUGGAAAAAUAUUCAGCUGGGGCGAAGGUGAGGAUGGAAAAUUAGGACAUGGAAACCGAUUGACACUCGAAAAACCAAAAUUAAUUGAAGCACUUAAAACGAAACGAAUACGAGAUAUUGCUUGUGGAAGUGCACAUAGUGCCUGUAUCACAUCCGAAGGGCAUUUGUAUACUUGGGGAUUGGGCGAAUAUGGAAGACUUGGACACGGAGAUAAUCAAACAUUGUUGAAGCCAAAACUUGUACAGAAAUUGGUUGGUCAAAGAGUUGUUCAGGUCGCUUGUGGAUCGAGAGAUGCUCAGACGUUAUGCUUGACUGAAGAUGGACAGGUGUAUUCUCAUGGAGAUGGUGAUUUUGGAAAGCUUGGAAGAGGAGGUUCAGAUGGUUGUAGUGUCCCUCUACCAAUCGAAAGAUUAAAUGGUCUAGGCAUCAUGCAAAUAGAGUGUGGAGCACAGUUUUCUUUGGCAUUAACAAGAAGUGGAGAAGUUUGGACUUGGGGCAAAGGAGACUACUACAGAUUAGGUCAUGGAUCUGAUCAACAUGUAAGAAAACCAACACCAGUUCAAGGAUUAAGAGGAAAAAAAGUGGUUCAUGUUGCUGUUGGCGCUUUACACUGUCUAGCUGUCACUGAAUCAGGACAGGUUUAUGGAUGGGGUGAUAACGAUCAUGGUCAGCAAGGCUCAGGCUCAACCAGUGUCAACAAGAAACCAACACUAGUCGUUGGACUUGAUGGAGUUUUUGUCAACCGAGUAGCAUGUGGCAGUUCUCAUAGUGUUGCAUGGAAUUUACCAGACAAUGAAGCUGAACAUGAUAAAAAAGAAGCUGUUCCAUUUGCUUUUCCCAAAGAUCCACUCGGAGGUCAAAGCUUAGGAAUGUAUUCAGCUGAUGAUCAAACAACAGCAUCACCAGCAAUUUCAUCGAAAUCUAAACAGCCACGAAAAUCUUUAUCCGAAAUCGUUUUAUCGCUUGAAUCAACUUCUGCUUUACAAGUUGCUUUAACACAUAUUUUAAAUGCCAUAAAAAUUUUACAAGCUAGAUCAUGCAUAAUUGCUGCACUUACAAGUCAUGCUCAAAUUAAAAAUCAUCAAUCUACUUUCGAUGCAGAGAAAAUUUUAAAUGAAGCUAAAGCAGAAGAUAUUAUCGAACAAGACAAACAAGAAGUGAUGGCACAAACAAAUCAACGUGAUAUUGUCAAUUCACAAAUAGCAAGUGGUGGUGGUGAAAGUUUGGCAGAAGAAUGCGAAAUGCCUGGAGGUUCAGAAAUUCUCAAUGAUCCUGAAUAUCCCAACAAUCCAUUACCAAAUACAUCAAACAGUUUAUACAGAAGUUUGACCAAUUCAAUGUCAAUGUCAGUAUCUAGCUGCAACAAUGCAGCACAAAAAGCAUCAAGAAUGUCAACGAGUGCAAUGUCUGUAAUGGCUUGCAUUAUAAAUCGCCAGGAAGAGAUGAUAAAUGAGCCAACUAUAGUCAAAUCUUCGUUAGAUGAAUUUUUGGCGCUCUUGGGUGAAACAGAAGCUAGAAAUCUCUUAGAAUUGCUGAAAUUAAGUGUAUGUGGCAGAAUUCCUGGUCCUCAAGCAAAUGCUGAGACAAUUGCAAAUACUUUAAUUGAGCUAGGACUUAAUUCAUCAACAACUGGAAAUAUGAUAAUUGAAACAUGUAUAUCUGAAUUAGAAGAUCUGACAUCACGUCAUUGUUUAGAAAAGGUACCAAAACCUGUUGUUCAAGAAAGCAGCCAUCCUUAUGUAGAUGAUAUAACUUUAGUUGGACAUGUUAAAAUACCUGGAGCAGAGUUUUUAAGGAUUGAAUUUGAUCAUCAGUGCUCAACAGAAAAACGAAACGACCCUUUGAUAAUUAUGGAUGCAAGUGGUCGCGUAAUUGCCACAAGAUCUGGUAGAGAAUAUGCACAAUGGGCACAAGAAAUAAGAAUUCCUGGAGAUGAAAUGCGUUGGAAGUUUACAAGUGAUAAUUCUGUUAAUGGAUGGGGUUUCAGAUUUUUAGUACACGGUAUCAUGCCUGCAUCUUAUUUACAAGAAUUAGGAUCUGAUAGAAAAAUCCUUUCACAACCUUCGAUUGAAUUGGUCAUGGUAUUGUUAGAUUCAAAACUUGCUCCUCAAAAUCCCAAUAUGCUACUAAGAUUAAUCUCAGCUCUCUCACAAUGUGCUCAAAAAGGAACAUUAUCAAUUAAUCAGAGAAUAUGGUGCUUGAAAAAGAUUCAUUAUUAUUUGACAACUUCAAAAUAUUCAUCAUGUGCAUCUGACACAUCAUUGCUGGAAAUCAUAAAUCCAUUAAUUCCAAUGAUAUUAAAACAAUAUGAAUAUGAGGAAGGACUUGUAAGAACAGGUGUCCAUUUGAUGCAUUCAUUAUUUUUCCAAUCAUACAUUGCAUUAGCUUGCGAUCUAAACGUUGAUAAUAUUUUACCUCCAGCUGAAGCUCAUAAAUGGUCUUGGUUCAAAAGAUAUUGUGCGGCAGUUCGUGUUGCAAAAGCUUUAAUUCGUCGCACCACCCUUCCAAAAACAUUUUGCCUUGAUGUUCGAAAGAAGUUGGAAAGUAAUGCUGGAAGUGGUGGACCUGUAACAGCAGCAAUAGAAAUGAGCUCCUCGAUGACAUCAUCAUCAUCUUAUUAUCAAUCUUCAUCAUUACAAGCAUCGAUUCAAAAUGAGAAUGAUUUAUCAGAAACAUUUGAAAAGGCACCACAUGAAGAUCAUGUACUUUUCACUUCAAAUCAUGAUUGCCAAUUAUUACAAUGGUUUAAUAGAAGACCUGAAGAUUGGGCAUUUUCUUGGGGUGAUAAAGCAUAUUCUAUCUUUGGUUGGGGACAUAAUCAUCGUGGUCAAUUAGGUGGACUUGAUGGAAGUCGAAUAAAAAUCCCAACACCAUGCGAAGCUUUAAGUAUGUUAAGACCUGUCCAAAUUGCUGGUGGUGAACAAACUCUUUAUGCUGUUACUCAUGAUGGUAAAGUUUAUGCAACUGGAUAUGGUGCUGGUGGUCGAUUAGGAAUUGGUGGAACUGAUUCAGUAGCUGUCCCAACAUUAAUUGAAAGUCUACAGCAUGUUUUCAUCAAAAAAGUUGCUGUAAAUUCUGGCGGUAAACACUGUUUAGCAUUAUCAUCAGACCAUGAAGUAUUUUCAUGGGGUGAGGGUGAAGAUGGAAAAUUAGGACAUGGAAAUAGAGAUAGCUACGAUCGUCCAAAAUUAAUUGAAGCACUUUCAGGACUAGGUGUUAUUGAUAUUGCUUGUGGAAGUGCUCAUAGUGCGGCUAUCACAUCAGAAGGACACGUACUAACAUGGGGCAAGGGAAGAUAUGGAAGACUAGGACAUGGUGAUUCGGAAGAUCAGUUAAAACCUAAAGUUGUAGAAGCACUUCUCGGAUAUCGAGUAAUCGAUGUUGCUUGUGGAAGUGGAGAUGCUCAAACUUUAUUGAUUACUGAUGAUGACAAUGUAUUUUCGACUGGGGAUGGUGAUUAUGGGAAACUUGGACGAGGUGGCUCUGAUGGAUGCAAAAUACCAAUGAAAAUUGAGAGCUUAGCUGGGUUGGGAGUGAUCAAGGUAGAAUGUGGUUCACAAUUUUCUGUGGCACUAACAAGAAGUGGAAGCGUCUAUACAUUUGGAAAAGGUGAUUACUAUAGAUUAGGUCAUGGAAAUAGUGAACAUGUUAGGCGACCAAAGAAGAUUGCAGCUUUACAAGGCAAGAAAAUUGUUUCAAUAGCGACUGGCUCGUUACAUUGCAUUGCGUGCACCGAUACUGGAGAAUGCUAUACAUUUGGAGACAAUGACGAAGGUCAAUUAGGUGAUGGAACUGUAACAGCAAUUCAACGACCAAGAUUGGUUAGCGCACUUCAAGGAAAAAACAUUGUUCAAGUCGUUUGUGGAUCUGCUCAUACUAUUGCUAUAUCAACAUGUCCACAUUCAACAAAUUCUCGAACACUUCCAGCUCCGCCAAUGGAAUAUGACUUAGUUCGUGAUAUAGAACCUGAAGUUCUUCAGAACCGUUUAGUUCUACUCCAUCAUUUCUCUGAAUUAAUUUGUCCAUGCUUAGCAAUGAUACCAAAUGAAGGAGAUUUCUCUCUGGGAGCAUUAAGAGACAUCCUUGUUUAUACCAUAAAAGAAGCAAGUCUACGCAAAGUAAUACAAUGUACUAUGGUUCGAGACAAACCUCAUGGACCUACAAUUGAGCUUAAUCGUAUUCAAGUCAAAAGAUCAAGGUCAAGAACAGGAAAUGGCUUUGCUGGCAUUGAUGGAAUGAAAAGUGUGUUUGGUCAGAUGGUCCAAAAGCUGCCAUUGCUUACACAAGAAUCUCUAUUUCUUCCUCAUCGUGUUUGGAAGGUCAAAUUUGUGGGAGAAUCCGUUGAUGACUGUGGAGGUGGAUUUUCUGAAAGUAUUGCGGAAAUGUGUGAUGAACUACAAAAUGGAAGUGUCCCAUUGCUUAUUCAAACACCGAAUGGAAGAGGUGAAGCAGGUGCAAAUCGAGAUUGCUUCUUACUCGACCCAACUUUAAAUUCUAUUUUACACAUGAACAUGUUCAGAUUCCUUGGAGUUUUAAUAGGAAUAGCCAUACGAACAGGAUCACCUUUAAGCUUGAAUUGUCUCGCUGAGCCUGUCUGGAGACAACUUUCUGGAGAAACGUUAAGACCAUCAGAUCUUACAGAAGUCGAUAGAGAUUACGUUACUGGAUUGCUAUGUAUAAGAGACAUGGAUGAUGAUCCAAAAAUAUUCCAAACAAUGGAGCUUCCAUUUUCAACACCUUCUGCAAAAGGACAUGAAAUAUUCUUAUCAACAAAGUAUACACACAUUACAUCCGAAAACAGACAUGAAUAUGUCAAGUUAGCACUUAACUAUCGAUUACACGAAUUCGAUGAGCAAAUCAAAGCAGUUAGAGAUGGAAUGUCGAAGGUCAUUCCCGUACCUUUAUUGUCAUUGUUCUCUGCAACUGAGCUACAAGAGAUGGUGUGUGGAUCUCCAGAUAUUCCUUUAGGAUUAUUAAAGACAGUUGCGACUUAUAAGGGUGUGGACUCAACAUCGCCACUUGUUCAAUGGUUCUGGGAAGUUAUGGAAGAAUUUACCAAUCAAGAACGGUCGUUGUUCUUGCGAUUUGUCUGGGGAAGAACGAGACUUCCAAGAAACAUAGCUGACUUUAGAGGAAGAGAUUUUGUCUUACAGGUUCUUGAUAAAUAUAACCCAGCUGAUCAUUUCCUGCCAGAAAGUUAUACAUGCUUCUUUUUACUAAAAAUGCCACGUUAUUCGUGCAAGGCAGUGCUUAUGGAAAAACUAAAGUAUGCAAUUCACUUCUGCAAGUCUAUCGACACUGACGAUUACGCUCGAGUCGCAAUGGGUGAUCCAACAAGUCAUACUGCCAGCGAAGACAAUUCUGAUAUUGAAUCGGUAAUUUUUAAUCCUCUCCAUGUUAGGUUUUCAUAGAUUUUACUUCUUGUUUCUGCUUUUUUUGAAUGUUAAUCUUGUGACUUUAUUAACAUUGCUUUUCAUACAGUGAUUAGAUAAUAUUAUUUUAUAUCUGUUUACAAAAAAAAAUUCUCAUUUCAGAUCGCCUAAAAUAGCUUUCAUU